UACUCUCGUUCUUGACAGUCAUAAUGAAACCAACGCUAAUGGGGUCCUCCACGAAGACUUUUGUGGGAAACAUGCAUUGUAUUUCCAUCUAAAUUUCUCUGAGAUUUCUCAUUUAAGUAUAUAAAGAAGCAACUUGUUUCUUCCUCCAUACAUAUCUCAUAGCUACUUAUCUUCAACUUCUCAUUUACUCUUUUCUCUCUCAUGGCUUCUUCUUCUUCUUCUUCGUCUCCAAUAAAGAGAUACCAUGUCUUUCCGAGUUUCCACGGUCCAGAUGUUCGUAGAGGAUUUCUCAGCCAUUUACGCCAUCAGUUUGCAAGCAAAGGGAUCACGACAUUUAAAGAUCAGGAGAUCGAGAGAGGCCACACGAUCGGACCUGAACUGGUACAAGCCAUUAGAGAAUCCAGAGUCUCAGUCGUUCUGCUCUCCAAGAAUUAUGCUUCUUCAAGCUGGUGUUUAGAUGAACUGGUUGAAAUCUUGAACUGCAAAAGAGUUUCAGAGCAGAUUGUGAUGACCAUCUUUUACCAAGUUGAUCCGUCCGAUGUACGGAAACAGACUGGAGAUUUCGGAAUAGCCUUCAAGAAAACAUGUGAAGGGAAAACUGAGGACGAUAAGAAGAAAUGGAUGGAAGCUUUGGCAUGUGUAGCAAACAUUGCUGGAGAGCACUCUCUUAACUGGACUGAUGAAGCGGAUAUGUUGGAAAAGUUUGCCACUGAUGUUUCGAACAAACUGAAUAUUACACUGUCAAGGGACUUUGACGAGAUUGUGGGACUGCAAGCUCACUUGAGAAAACUGAUCACUUUGUUAUGCUUCGAGUGUGAUGAAGCAAAGAUGAUUGGGAUUUGGGGUCCUGCGGGAAUCGGUAAGUCCACCAUUGCUAGAGCUUUAUUCAAUCACCUUUCUGUCGAUUUUGGACUGAGAUGCUUUAUGGGGAACCUCAAGGGUAGUUAUAAGAGCAUAAUAGGUGUUGAUGAUUAUGAUUCCAAGUUGGGUUUGCAAAGCCAACUUCUGUCUAAGGUUUUGAACCAAAGGGAUAUGAGGGUACAUCAUUUAGGUGCUGUAAAAGAAUGGCUACAAGAUCAAAGAGUGCUUAUCAUUCUUGAUGAUGUAGACGAUCUAGAGGAACUAGAUGUUUUGGUUAGAGAACUUUCUUGGUUUGGUUUAGGAAGUAGGAUCAUUGUUACAACUGAAGACAAAAAGAUUUUGAAAGCACAUGGGAUACAAGAUAUCUACCAUGUGGGUUUUCCAUCUGAGAAAGAAGCUCUUGAGAUCUUAUGUCUAUCUGCUUUCAAACAGAGAUAUGUACAAGAUGAUUUUGAAAAGGUUGCAUAUAGAGUAGCAUACCUUUGUGGGUAUCUUCCAUUAGGCCUUUGUGUUGUGGGUUCAUCAUUACGUGGGGAGAGCCAGGAAGAGUGGGAGCUUCAGUUAUCUAGGAUCGAAAAUAAUCUUGAUAGAAAAAUCGAAGACGUUUUAAGGGUGGGAUAUGACAGGUUGUCAAAAAAAGAUAAAGCCCUGUUUCUCCACAUCGCAUGCAUCUUCAACUUUGGUAGCGUUGACCAUAUGACAAGCAUGCUCGCCGAUUGUAACAUGGAUGUCAAAAAUGGGCUGAAGACCCUAGCCAUCAGAUCUCUUGUGCAACUUCAUAUAAUGGAUUAUGAGAUGCACUCUUUACUCCAACAGUUGGGUAGACAAGUAGUACAUGAACAGUCAGAUGAGCCUGGAAAACGCCAGUUUUUAGUGGAGGCUGAAGAGAUCCGUCAUGUAUUAGCAAAUGAAACGGGCACUGGAUCGGUCAUAGGUAUAUCAUUUGAUAUGUCCAAGGUGGGUAAAUUCUCUAUAAGUGGGCGAGCCUUUGUAGGAAUGCGUAAUCUUAGAUUUUUAAAGAUGUAUAACUCUGGGGGAUUGAGGAUAACAGGACACAUGAAAUAUCUACCUCAACUAAGGUUACUACAUUGGGAUUCAUACCCCAGAAAACGUCUUCCUCCAACAUUUCAGCCCCAAUGUCUUGUUGAGCUCUGUAUGAUAUUCAGCAAUCUUGAGAAGCUCUGGGGAGGAAUCCAGUCUCUUGCAAAUCUCAAGAAGAUAGAUUUGACCUUCUCCUCUAGGUUGAAAGAAAUACCAAAUCUUUCAGAGGCUACUAAUCUUGAAAGACUAUCACUUGGCCAUUGCUCAAGUCUGGUGGAGCUUCCCUCGUCUAUUAGGAACCUACACAAACUGAAAGUGUUGUGGAUGGAAGGCUGCAAAAAGCUACGGGUUAUUCCCACCAACAUCAAUUUAGCAUCUCUUGAGAAUGUUUGCAUGGAUGGUUGCUUGCGAUUGAGAACGUUUCCAGAUAUCUCGAGUAACAUCAAACAUCUUGAUAUAAGGAACACAAAGAUAGAAGAUGUUCCUGCAUUCGUAGCUGAAAGAUGGCUUUGUCUUGACACGUUAUAUAUAGGCAGCAAAAGCGUCUGUCUCUCCUUCUAUAAACCAAAAUCUGCGUAUAUUACUCUGGACGACUGCAAGUGUGUUAAAUCAGAAAAAGAUGCGAUAAGAGUAACUUCCCUUUUCUACAACCCAAUGAUAGGAAUCAGGUUGUUCAACUGUUUUUCACUAGAUGAAAAAACAAGAAGAGUAAUCAUUCAACAAUGGGAUUACAAAUUUGUAUGUUUACCAGGCAAAGAAAUCACUCCAGAGUUCACUCACAGAGCCAAAGGAAACUCCAUAACCAUCUCUUCAGGGACUUUCUCUGCUUCCUCAAGAUUUAAGGCUUGCCUCCUGCUUUCUCCACCAGGAGAGGUCUCGGACCCCCUGAGAAUCAUUGUUUGUCGUCUAAUAAGCAAAGGUGUUGUCAUCAAUGAACUUAAAUGCUAUCCGAUUAAUCCUGCACUUCUAUCUGAACACCUGUUAGUCUUUUCUGGGGCCCUGUUUAAAGAGCACAUAUGUUGUGAACUUGACGCUACUACGAGUGAAAUUCGGUUUGAAUUCAACUGCGACUAUUUUAUCGAGUGUGGUGUCCAGAUGUUGGCGGAGGAAGGUGAGAUAAAACUAGCUUCCUCUUUCCACGAUCCUAACAGAGAAGUGAGGUUCCUCAACUGUAUGAAACUAGAUGAAGAAGCAAGAAGAGCAAUCAUACAACGAUGGGCUUAUAAAUAUGUAUGUUUGCCAGGUAAAGAAGUCCCUUCUGAGUUCACUCACAAAGCCAAAGGAAACUCUGUAACCAUCUCACAGGGGACUCUAUCUGCUUCCACAAGUUUCAGGGCUUGCAUCCUGCUUUCACCAACCCUACAACACCCUCUGUGGUUCGGCUAUAAUAUUGAUUGUCGUCUAAGAAGCAAAGGUAUUCUCAUCAACGAACUUGAAUGCUAUACGGGUUCUCCACUCCUAACAAAACACCUAUUAGUAUUACGUGGGGCUCUGUUUAAAGAACGCAGAUGCGUUGAAGUGGACUCGGAUAUUCAAUUUGAAUUCAGCUGCUACGAAAAACACUCUAAGAUUAUUGAGUGCGGCGUACAGAUCAUGGCGGAGGAAGGUGAAAGUAGUAGCAGCAGAGAAUGGAAUAAACAGAGUGAUGGAGCCGUUAAGGUCUCUAAAGAUGAAAAUGUCAUCAAAACCAACAACCAUACAUCUUGGUGGAGUGGGCUUAAAAAGCUUGGUCUGAGAAAGAACAAGAAAAAAUCAGACGGGGUGAAACUUUUAGAUUAAUAAGCUGAUAUUCAUUUUGAUCCAUGUUGUCUUUGUACUAUAUUGUGUAUCCAGAGACUUGUAAUAUACAUACUUUCUUCUCUAAGCUUAUGGAUAGUUGCCUACAAUCGCAUAUAGAGUGGAUCGUUGCUAAAGCUAGAUCCCUUAGUUGAUCGAAUUUCAUCAGUUUCCAAAUCAUUAGCGAUUGUCUCAGUCUUGUCAUUACACAAGGGUUCUGUAUGAGUAAAUCCUCUCAAAAUAGACUGUUUAGGUUUAGUAUAGACAGAGCCUUGUACUUGGUGAACAUCUUUAGGGAUGGAUUCUAUGAGUUCUGGAGUGCUGAGAUUCAAGGACCAAGUGAUUGCAUUAAUAUGAAUUACACGAUAGAUGCUUUUAGUUAGGAAUACAGACUUAGGUCUCCAACUUGUCUUAGUUGCAUGCUUCAUUCCUUGAAUCUUUUUUUGGGAAUUGCUGCCAACCUUUUUUUUGUUGGUGCCCGAAUCUACGCACACUCGUCCUGGUGAGUCUUACUUACAUAUUUGCUUGUAUGUAAAUUUUUCACAUAACACUUGCCUUCUUUUUUAAGAGUUUGCUCUCGAUCAGAGUUUAGUAACCUUCAUUCUAUGUUAUGGAGGUAGGUGUUAUGUGAAUACCUUGAAUCAAUAUAAUAUGAAUUUGCAUAUUCCUUAGAGCAAGUGGCAAGUUUCUUUCUUUUACCACCUCAAACGUUUCCUGAUAGAUGAAUCUAUUUCUUAAAUUUGGGCUGGACACCGAGAUGUUGAGUUCAGCUCUGUGUUCUGAAAACAAUUGAAUUUGUGUUUGUGGCCUUUGAGGGAAGGUAAUUUUGUAAACCUUCAGAUCGAGUCAGAGACUUUUCAGCUUAUAAACAAAGAGGUAAGCGAGAGAGAAUUAAACUAAUGUUUCAAUGUUUGUCCCACAUCGAUUGUGUGGGGAGAAGUGUGAUAACGAGUGAGCUUAUAAAAAGAGAAGAAGGUACGGGACUUUAAAGGUAUGAUCCUUCAGGUUUAAAGGGGAAGUGAUGAUUGGGUUUAUCUCUCGCAUAUUUUAAUGCGUGAAGAGCGUUCCGCUCAAACCUCUUACGACAAUUGGGCGCUCCAAUUUUCAUUUAAUCUGAUCCCUC